UCUCUUCUACUACGUCUUCUUCCUCCAUCUACUUUCCUUCCUUUACUUUUGCUCUUUCGUACCUGCUGCCGUAUACGCUCGUUCGCCAUCGCCGUUCUCAUCUGCGGGACCGCAAAAUUUAAUUGGCCUGUUUUCGAGCCCAAUGGUACACGCGGCACAUGCAGAGAACUGCGAGAAAAAGCUCCCCGACUACUACUACGACCAGUAGAAGAAGACGAAAAAGCAGCAGCAGUAGUAGAUAAUGAAGGACGACGGCGACGUGACAUCCGCACGACCGAGUCGUCAAAGGUGAAAGCUGGAGCCGAGGCCGUUUGUCGCAGGAGGGCGAGCUCGCCCUCAGAAUGGAGCUGCUGAGGACACUCCUUAUAUUAGUACUCAGUGCGUGCCUCAUGCGCAGAGUACAGCCCGUUGCGACCAAGACCAAGCCAAAUCCUCGAGUCGUUCAGACCAGGUACGGAAAGAUUCAAGGUAUUAUAAUGUCGUUCGAGGGUGCAAAGUAUCUGAAGCCAAUCGACGUGUACCUUGGGGUGCCGUACGCGACCCCGCCGACCGGUGGUAAUCGGUUCUCACCGACGAGGGCGCUCAGCCCCUGGGACGGAAACAAAUUGGCCGAACGCCUCGGUCCUGUGUGUCCGCAAAAACUGCCGGACAUCACGAACGAGCAGGAGGCGCUCGAUCGCAUGCCCAGAGGCAGGCUCGAGUACCUCAAGAGGGCACUGCCGCAUCUGCGCAACCAGAGCGAGGACUGCCUGUAUCUCAACAUCUACGCCCCGGCAAUGGGCAUGUCGGAGGGUGGCCGCAGGCAUCCGGUGCUGGUGUUCAUUCACGGCGAGAGCUACGACUGGGGCAGCGGCAACACCUACGACGGCUCGGUGCUCGCGGCCUACAGCGACCAGGUCGUCAUCACGAUCAACUAUCGCCUCGGGGUGCUGGGCUUUCUCAACGCCAACGUGUCGCCCCACACCAAGGCCCGAGUGGCCAAUUACGGCCUCAUGGAUCAGAUCGCGGCGCUGCACUGGAUACAGCAGAACGUCGAGUAUUUCGGUGGCGAUCCGAGCAACGUGACCCUCAUGGGCCAGGGCACGGGGGCGGCCUGCGUCAAUUUCCUCGCCAUCAGUCCGACCGUCAUGUCCGGUCUGUUCAAGCGAGCAAUCCUAUUAUCGGGCAGCGCCCUAUCCAGCUGGGCAGUGGUGGACGAGCCGGCCUCGUACGCGCUCAAACUCGCCAGGGCCGUCAACUGCUCGGUGCCCGCGGACCUGAUCAAGGAUCACGAGCUGCUGGUGGACUGCCUGCGCGAGAGCAGCCUCGAGGCGCUGAUGCGCGCCGACCUCAAGCCGCCCACCUUUCUCAGCGCCUUCGGGCCCAGCGUGGACGGCGUCGUCAUCAAGCCCGACUUCAAGAAGGAUCUGCUGUCCUACCUCGGACCCGAGUUCCAGGGCUACGGAUACGCAUCGAAGCGAGCCGAGCACGGCGAGACGAUAACGAGCAACAACAAGUACGACCUGCUGUUCGGCGUGACGACGAACGAGGCUCUGUGGAAGUUCGCCGAACGCGACGUGCAGAAGGGCUUCGAGGGCGAGCGAAGGGACCGAAUAAUCCGGACCUACGUCCGCAACGCCUACAUGUACCACCUGACGGAAAUAUUUUAUACGAUCGUCAAUGAGUAUACGGACUGGGAACGCACAGUGCAGCAUCCAGUGAACACUCGGGACGCUUGUAUCCAGGCCCUGAGCGAUGCACAAUUCGUCGCCCCGCUCGUUCAGACCGGUGAUCUGUUCACGCUUCGGCACACCGGAAAAUCGGCUGGACACGGUGGCUCGUCGCACGACGACAAGAACCAGCCCAAGACCUACUUUUACGUUUUCGAUUAUCAAAUGAAGGAGGGCGAUUAUCCACAGAAAAUGGGAUCGGUGCACGGCGAGGAGCUGCCUUUCGUCUUUGGCGCACCAUUAGUCGACGGAUUUGGCCAUUUCCCGAGAAAUUACACCAAGGCGGAGAUGGCCCUGUCGGAGAGCAUAAUCCAGUACUUUGCCAACUUCGUGAGGACAGGAAAUCCAAACGGAGCUUCGGACGGACAACAUCAGCAUGGCGGCAAGGGUGAUUCGUCGAUCAAAGAAAUUUUACCUGCGAGCAAAGAAAGAAAUCGAUAUCGCACUCUGACCUGGGACCAGUACGACCCUGUACACCAAAAGUAUCUGGAAAUCGGUAUGAAGCCAAAGAUGAAGAAUCAUUAUCGAGCACACCAGCUGUCGGUAUGGCUGCGCCUCGUGCCCGAGCUGCAUCGAGCCGGCAUGGAGGACGUCGAGCCUCGGCACAAUUUGUUUCGCGGCCACGCUGACCCGAGCCUGUACGACGGCUUCGUGAGGCCGGACCCGCUGAGUAGGGUCGGCAGCAACGACAUCGAGAAGACCCGCCGAGGACUGGAUCUCACGUCCAUGACGAGGGGAGGCAGCAGCAACAACGGCAACGGCGGCGGCGGUAACGCGAAAAACAACGCUACGACGGAAUCGUCGCUGUCACCGACGACGCAGGAUUACAGCAUGACGACUUGCGUCAGUCUCAUACAGAACGGCAACGCCAUUCCCAACAUACACAACGCCAGCACGGAUACGCUGGCCAGUCUCGACGCUGCUGGCUACGCGGCCUACAGCACCGCCCUGAGCGUCACCAUCGCCAUAGGCUGCAGUCUGCUGAUACUCAACGUGCUGAUAUUCGCCGGUGUGUACUAUCAGCGCGACAAGACGCGAUUGGAAGUUAAGAGUCUGCAGCAGCAGCAGAUGAUGAAUCAGCAGUGCGGCCCGCGGGGCUUCAACGAGUUGAAGCAGCUACAGCCGCCGCCUCCCGGUGGCCACGGUCACUAUCCCGGCGGCGGACAGGUCAUAGUCGACGUGGAGAACGAGAUGCUGCGCAGAAACGCGAUGAAAAACGUAACUGUGGGCGAGACGAAUAUGCUUCUGCAGCAGCACCAGCAACAACAGCAUCAGCAACAGCAGCAGACCCAGCUGACGCACACGCUGCCGCAUCCACACCAUUAUCAGAAGCAGCACCAGUCGCACCACUCGACUCUACCAAGAGGCGGCUCGGUCAUACUGCCCGACAUUAGCACGCAACAAAACCAGGGUCCACCCAACGGAUCAAUUCACCUGACUGUGCCACGGCCGCCACCACCGCCUCGAGCCAAGAGCCCACCGGAGAAUCAGCCGCUGCUAAUGCACUCGACGAUACCCGAGAACAUGAUGACGACGACGCAGGUGUCGGACGUCCAUCACUCGCAGCAGUGCUCGCAGGGCAUCGGGGACAUAAGGGUCUGAUGCUUCGAGCAGCCCCACGACUACACGGUCGUCUCGGAUCUCGUCACUGCCUCGACGCUCCUGUAAACUCCCACGGAGUCGCAGCAGCAGCAGCAGCAGAUCCGGGCGACGACGGUACAUGCUGUGCGUGCGCGAAUUAUUUAUGAACGCGCGAGAAACAAGUGAAUAAGUUGGAUAACAAUUUUUGUGCGCGCGUCACGUAAGCCGAUGAGGAACGUUCGCGUUGUAUUAUUCUAGAAGUAUAUCGUGAGGGUUUUUAAAUAUAUUAUAUUAUAUAUAAAUAGUGCGCCAAAUAAUAGUGAAGAUGAGUUAUAAAGAUGAAAAUAAAAGACAACCAUUAUUCUACAGUUCGUUGAACUUUUUAACUGUUAUCUGAAUGAAUAGGUAUUUAGAGAUGAUCGUCGACGCUCGUUCAAAAUCGAGCAACGACGAAAGUAAUUUUUUCACCUUUUUUCGAUGGGUACGAACGAUUGUUUCAAUUUGUAUCACUCAAUACAAGCAUGUCAAAAUGUGGCCAAGCUUCGUUUCGUAAGAUAAAAACGAAUGUCGAGACGUUUCAUAGAUAUCAGAAAUAGAAACGUCACAGUGAUAUGGGACAGUCAGUUUUAUGCAUUAUAUGUACGUCCUUAGUUUGCAGUACGUUACUAUAAAACCAAUGAGGAAAAUUUAUAAGAUUGCAAGUGUUUUGUCUGUAUAGAAAAAAAUGUAUUAUAAUAAUUAAUCGAUAAAAGUCCCGUUCGUAUAUAUUAUAGUAGGUAUAUAUUGCCGAGAAAUGAAGGUAUAAAACCAUUAUAUUAGAAAGACUGUUUUUAAUUAAAGUUAACGCGGUGGUCAAGACUCGAUCGUGUUACAUUUAAGAGAAAGAAGUACCAAAUAUUUCGUCGUUAACCCCGAGUAUUGACCACCCUGAAAGGAACUAUCAGGUGAUUGUCAUGAUUAUGAUUAUCGAUAUAAUUAAAAGGAAAAAAGCAUAUUAUCAUUACGUUGAAUUUCUAAAAGUUAGGUAUUGUAAUAAUGAAGAAAAAUAUAAUUGGGAUAUUCGAAAGGUCGCGAGUCCUGAUCAAUCGUUCCUCCCGUCCAUUAUAAUGGAUUGAACUCGAAGAGGAAAAAUUGUAUGGCGAGAAAAAAGUGCCGGAAACAAUACACGUACGUCACUAGUCUUCCGUGAAGAGUAUUUACGGCUAAUUUUUAGUUAAUACGUUCGACGAUGGAGAGAAAAUCUUUUUACCUUUUCAUAUUCUUUUUUUUAUUGAACGGAAGAGCAGUAAAUGGAGUAUUUAUAAUGCUGAAAAUUAACUGGACAUGAAAAAUAUUGAAGCUAGACUGAUAUAAUAAUACAGAUUACAGAUAAUACAGAUGCUUAUAACGUACGAAAACUUGUCUAAUAUAACGAGCACCAGACGUUCCUUGAAGUUGUAAAGAUAAAAAGAAUCAAAACAUUGAAAACUUUACGUAAGUUUUUUAAACAAACAAUAGGAUAAUCAAAAGUAUCUUGCAAAAUCAAAUUUCUAUUCGAGUUUCAUUGAAUUAUCAUCGAGUUGAGUUUAAAAAAAACGAUAAGCUCAAAAAUUGCCACGUUUCUUUUCAAUCAACUUUUUUCCAACUUGGAAAAUUUAAAAUCAAAAAGUAAUCCGAUCAUUUUUGUGUGUCAAGCGAUUCUUUUUUUACAAAAUCAAAUAAAAGUUCGUUCGAUUGCGUAACGUUGCUACAAGUUUUUAUGACCAAUCAUUUGUUUUCCAUGAUAAAUUUUGAUGUGUUUUUGGAGUAAAAUGACUGUAUGUAUACACAAAAAAACAUAGCAUAAAAGUACUGUAAUAUACUAAUUAAUAAAUGCUAAAAAAGAUUUUAAAACGCUGCAACGAUCGCGUUUUAAAUAAUUGUUAAGACUUCUGAAGCCACAAGCGUACUUGCAAUUCUUGUAUAAAGAAAACUUUAAGGAAUGAUAAGAAAAGAGAUAACGAUAGCAAAUAUGCCAAAUCGAUGUUGACGUUCAUUUGUAUAAGUAUAUAAAGAAAAUCAAAUGUAUUAUAAAUUAUAAAUAUUAUAUGUUCAAAAAUUUUUAUGCUCGGAUCUCUAUUCUAUAAAACGUAAUUAUGAACAGCAUCAUGUACUCAUUAAAAAAGUACCUAAUGAAUGAAGAAAGAGCGAAGUAUUUAUCGGAAUGCGAGAGUCGAUCGAAAAAUCUUGAAAGAUAAGCACAACUAUUCGUUGUUAUUAGUCUAUGCGUGAUGCUGGUUGUUAAAUAAUAAUGAUAAAAAUAAUAAUAAAGAGACAUGAAAAUACUCAUAUGUCGCGCGCUGAUAGCCGAAAAAUGUUAAAAAUAAAUUUAAAAAAAAUGAAAAAUGUUUCAAGUCAAAAAUGUGAGAAUAUGAAUAUGAUAUCAUUACAUAUGGACAAUCGGACUACUAAUACAUAUAAAUGGAAGCUAUUAUAAAAAUUGCGUGCAUCCAUCGAAUCAUCAUCACAAUUAUACGCACAUCAGAACAUUUAAAAAAAAACUGGAAAUUCCCCCGCACAAGACAGUAAUUAAUUAUAUAAAUUAAGCCAAUUUUUUUCGGUUACGUCACCGUCAAUUACAUUUAACCGUUUUCGCCCCUGCGCCCCUUGUGUUUGAUCAGACACGUCGAAAAAAAUAAUCAAAUUGAGAAAUAAUUUGUAUACAUUCUAUAAAACGUCAACUGAAGCUACAUAAUCAAAUAAAUGAGUUUCUCGCUGUGAUAAAAUUCCAAUUUCUCAUAACGUUACUUUGUGCAUUCGAAAGAUUAUUCAUCUAAUUAUAUCAUUAUAAGAUAGAUUUUAUUUCGCUUCUUGUUAUAUAGGAACUUAAUCAAUGAAACAGUGCCUAUCCUUAGAGUUAUUGAAAUCUCACGUUUUAAAGUAAUUAUGAGUUAAUUUUUAUGACUUGUAAUGUCGAUAAUUUAAUUGUAUACUUUAUUCACUGUUAAUUUUAUAUACUCUUGCAGCUGUAAUCAGCUGGAAAGCUAAUACAAAUUAAAAAUAGUACUUUAUCGUCUUUGCGAAAUCUCGGUUUUUGCAACUGAACUUGAAUGAAAUAAAAUCGUUGAAUUUAUGAUAUUCGAAAAUGCUUAUAAUACUUCGAGUUUGAUUUGAUAUUACACAAUUCUCGCGCGCGCAUAGGCCUUAUUAUCAUAAUUUUACAUUUGCAAUCAUCUAUCAUUUACGAGGCAUAGCUUAUACUACACACGUGUAAAAACGAGCGUCAACCAGUUCGCUCUUCAGCUGAAACAAUUGUACAGUGAUUUGUUUUAACGAGUUAUCCUUUGAUUUUACAAUCUGAAGAAAAGAAGAAGAAAAAUUUUCACACUAUACCUAUGAUGCUCAACAUCUUGAAUAAAUAAAGUAUAAAAAAAACAUACAUAAGUAUACACAAACUAGAUGCACGUAAAUACGUAUAAAUACAAAUAGGUAAAAGAUAAAAAAAAUAACAUACGUAUAUUGCAAAUUACCUAUUACAAGAAAAUUUAUUACGACGAGAGAUGUGUAGGUGUGUUUGUGAGUGUGUUUGAAUUUUAAUAAAUUUAUUAACAAAAGUGACUAUUACAUAGAAAAACAUACCUUCAUGAAAAAGUUGAAAAUACUUUCAAGCUCUCAAUUGAGAGAUUAACAAAAAAAAUUUGUAUUUCAUGUGCUCCAUUCUUGAAUCUUUAACAAAAAAAAUUCAAUGAGACGAGAAAUGUAUGAAUGCCACUUCGAUAUAAAAAAACAAAAAAUGUCUUAUG